GUGUCUAAUUUGUUAUUAUAAGAUCUGCUUUAAAUAUGUAGAUUUAGAAAAGUGCGUAGAAAAUGUUGAAUAGCAUUUACUCCUAUCUCCCAUCGGACUUUUAACUAUUUAGGUUUAUUUUGUUGCCAGCAUUGCAUUUAGAAAGUGCGAGUGCGUCUGCUGUGUAUUGAAAGUAUUUUUAUUGAUGUCCCGUUUGUGGAAAUUUACCCAAAAUAUUAAAUACGAAAUUACCAUUACGUACAAAACAAAAGCAAUAAUCUGUUAUGUUAGCUUCUGACAAUCUACGAAUAUGACAUCUGCAUUGUAUUUGGAACACUAUUUAGAUAGUUUAGAGAAUUUACCAAUAGAACUGCAAAGGAACUUUAAAUUGAUGCGUGAUCUAGAUGCCAGGGCCCAGUCUCUUAUGAAAAAUAUUGAUUUUCAAGCCGAUAAUUACCUCAGGAAUGACCACGCAUUAAACUCUGAUGAGAGGAAGGAAAAGCUAGAUAAAAUCCAAAGCUCAUUUAACAAAGCCAAGGAAUAUGGCGAUGACAAAGUGCAAUUAGCAAUACAAACUUACGAGUUAGUUGAUAAACAUAUUAGAAGAUUGGACUCUGAUUUAGCGCGAUUCGAAGCGGAAAUUCAAGAUAAGGCGCUGAGUUCCAGGAAUCAAGAGGAAGCGUCCGUGGGAAAGAAAGGCAGAAAGAAGACCAAGGAUGGAAAAGGUGAGAAGAAAAAGAGGUCCGGCAAUUCAAGUGAAGAGGAUUCGACUGGUACUAUUCGCGGGAGCAAAAAGAAGAAGCAAAAGAACACUGGAUCAGGAGGAAACGGAGCAAAUGGUCUUAGCAAUGGCGCAGCUGCUGCAAUUGGAGAAGUUGUAGAUACAGCUUUGCAAGGUAUAGAAUUUGCACAUCCAGGGGACGUACUGGAUAUGCCUGUUGACCCUAACGAACCAACAUACUGCCUUUGCCAUCAAGUGUCCUAUGGAGAAAUGAUUGGAUGUGAUAAUCCUGAUUGUCCAAUAGAAUGGUUCCAUUUUGCAUGCGUCGGUUUAACAACAAAACCCAAAGGCAAAUGGUACUGCCCGAAAUGCACGCAAGACCGAAAGAAGAAGUGAAAACAUUGAUUUUGUUCGAGUCCAAGUGAAGAGUUGGGUUUUAUUCGUUCUUCAUUUAGAUGAAUCUUCAUUCCGACAUACGCGCGUGUGUUUACUAUACCCUGAAGACUGUAUAUAGGAAAUACUUUUAUUUUUUUUUAUUUUGAUUUAAUUAUUUAUAUUGUUACUGUUAAUAUGUUCUCAUAAAAUAUUAAUAAAAAAAAGUACAAACG